AUUCUGAGAAGCCUCAUCCCCUUUGGACCAAAAACAACACGAGAGAGAAAAAAAAAGAAAAACCAAACCUCACCCUCUCUCUCUCUCUCUCUCUCUCUCUCUAUCUCUCUCUCUCUUCUCUUGCUCUGUGUCGGUCUCUCUCCUAGUUCCUACCAACAAUCCCAAACCCUAAACGUAUGACUUUCGUUUCUCUUUGAAAUCUCGCAAUCAGACCUGCAAUUUAACGUACCUCUCAGCAGAUCCGAUUGGUUUAUGCAGUUUGAAGUUGUCAAACAUAUUUGAUGGAUGAUGAUAGUGCAGAUGGAUAAAAUGUCUGCUCCUUCAUCAAGGGAGCGCGCCCAACGUCUGUAUGAUAAGAUCAUUGAGCUGGAGAAUAAGCGACGAAGGUCUGUACAGGCCCGUAUUCCAUCAGAUCCCAAUGCGUGGCAGCAGAUACGUGAGAAUUAUGAGGCAAUAAUUCUCGAGGAUCAUGCCUUUUCUGAGCAGCACAAUAUUGAAUAUGCUUUGUGGCAGUUGCAUUACAAGCGGAUUGAGGAACUGAGAGCACACUACAGUGCUGCUCUUGCUUCUGCUGGAGCAAACACAUCUCAGGGUGUGAAGGGCCCUGCACGUCCAGAUCGAAUUACGAAAAUAAGGGUGCAGUUUAAAACCUUCCUUUCAGAAGCAACAGGGUUUUACCAUGAUUUAAUUGUGAAAAUUAGAGCCAAGUAUGGGCUUCCACUGGGUAAUUUCUCUGAGGAUGCAGAGAAUCGAAUUGUCAUGGAGAAAGAUGGGAGAAAAUCUGCUGAAGUGAAGAAAGGUUUGAUAUCUUGCCAUCGUUGUUUGAUAUACUUGGGUGACCUUGCACGUUAUAAAGGAUUAUAUGGGGAGGGUGACUCCAAAACUCGUGAGUAUGCUGCAGCUUCAAGUUACUACUUGCAGGCUGCAUCUCUAUGGCCAUCAAGUGGAAAUCCUCAUCAUCAGCUUGCUAUAUUAGCUUCCUAUUCGGGGGAUGAGCUGGUAGCUGUUUAUCGAUAUUUUCGUAGUCUGGCAGUGGAGAGUCCCUUCUCAACUGCAAGGGACAAUUUGAUUGUCGCCUUUGAAAAGAAUCGUCAGAGUUUUUCUCAACUGCCUGGGGAUACUAAUGUUUCUAUGAUCAAGGAGUCAUCUGCCCGGCUGACUGGCAAAGGAAGGGGCAAGGGAGAAUUAAAGCCUGUUAAUAAGGAUAUUGAUUCUAGCCUUGUCAAGGAAAGAACAUAUACCAUUCAGGAGACAUAUAAAAUGUUUUGUGUUCGAUUUGUUCGUCUAAAUGGCAUUCUUUUCACCCGCACAAGCCUCGAAACGUUUGUAGAAGUUCUGUCUUCAGUUAGCAUUGGUAUGUGUGAACUACUGUCUUCUGGAGCAGAAGAGGAGCUGAAUUUUGGUGCAGAUGCUGUUGAGAAUGGUCUUGUACUUGUCAGGCUUAUCUCCAUUCUUAUAUUCACAGUACAGAAUGUGAAUAGGGAAUCUGAAGGUCAGACAUAUGCUGAAAUUUUACAACGAACUGUUUUACUUCAGAAUGCAUCCACUGCGGCUUUUGAGUUGAUGGGGCACAUAUUAGAGAGAUGUGUGCAGUUGGGUGAUCCUUCUUCAAGUUUCCUGUUACCUGGCAUUCUAGUUUUUGUUGAAUGGUUGGCAUGUUGUCCAGAUAUUGCAGCUGGAAGUGAUGUGGAUGAGAAACAGACUGCUGUUAGAUCAAAAUUUUGGAAAUCUCUUGUAUCCUUUUUGAAUAAGCUAUUGUCAACUGGGCCAACAUUUUUAGAUGGUGAUGAAGAUGAUAUGUGUUUUAAUAAUAUGAGUAGGUAUGAAGAAGGGGAGACUGAGAACCGAUUGGCAUUGUGGGAGGAUUUUGAGUUGCGAGGAUUCUUGCCACUUCUUCCUGCACAAUCCAUUUUAGAAUUUUCAAGGAAGCACUCAUUUGGAAGUGACAGUCAAAAGGAAAAAAGGGCCCGUCUUAAAAGGAUUUUUGCAGCAGGCAAGGCUCUAGCAAGUUUAGUCAGGGUUGAUCAGAAAGCUAUAGUUUUCGAUUCAAAGGGAAAGAAAUUUGGUAUUGGUGAUGAGCAUCAAGUAUCGGACAAUGUCGUACCUGCAUAUUCAGGAAUGCUCAGCACAGAUGAUAUGGUGCUAGAAAAUCAUGCAGUGAAAGUAGCAAAUUUAGGAGUUUCACAGCCAGACCAUCAGCCAUAUAUAGAAGGCGAAGAUGACGAUGAAGUAAUUGUUUUUAAGCCAAUUGUUUCUGACAAGCGACCUGAUGUGAUUGACUCAAAUUGGGCAGCCUAUGAGGGCAUGCUGGCCGGUAAGAAUGCUUGUUCUGGUGGCAUGAAAUUUAAUGGUGGUUCUGUUUCUGCUGCUCUUGAUAAUCUUUGUGAUCAAGCAGCUUUUGAUGGUCUUCCACGUCCACCUGUAUCUGUUGGAAAUAUGUUCCCGCAGCAUUUGCAGCCAGUUCCUGCUCAUGGUUCAAAAUGGUCAGCAGAAGAAGCAACUGCUUUAGCUAACAGCUUGAAUGGGUUGAGGUUCAUGGGGAAUGGGCAUGUAAAAUCUGAUAUGCAGGAAGAUAAUUCUGUUGCACUUUCAGUUCCCAUUCAACAGUCUUCCAAUGUUGGCACUGGUGGUAUGUUUUAUAGUCAUACUAAAGCGGAAGAGGCUUUUAUACCAUCCAAGGUUGAUGUUAUUGCUUCUUCUGGAGCAGUUACUAAGAAUUUGACUGCAAAGUCAUCAUCAGCCAUGUCUCCAGGAUUAAGAAGAAGUCCAGUAAGUCGACCUGUUAGGCACCUUGGCCCACCACCUGGUUUUAACCCUCCACCUGGUUUUGGCAUGGUUCCUGCUAAGCAAGUAAAUGAACCUAAUUCUCGUUCAGAUUUUGCAAGUGAAAAUACUAUAGUGGAUGAUUAUAGCUGGUUGGAUGGAUAUCAGGUGCCUCCAUCGAUGAAAGGCACUGGGCUUAUUAAUUCCCUUAAUUACCCAUCUCAGUCAAACACUCAUCACGUUGCUAACAGCAAUGGCUUGUCUGGAACAAUCAACUUUCCCUUUCCUGGGAAACAAGUUCCAACUAUGCAAUUUCAAGGGGAAGCACAGAAAGGAUGGCAAGAUUACCCGAUGUUUGAUCAUCUUAAAACAAACAAUGAACAACAGCUGCAGCAACAGCAACAAUUCCUUAAUGGAAAUCAGAACUUUACUCCACUGCCCGAGCAAUAUCAAGGACAGUCUGCCUGGACAGGUCGUUACUUUGUGUGAUGUCAGUAUGUGAGUAUAGAUGGGUCCUUGAAAUGAUUCUGGCGAAUGUACUGCAUUCUUUUGCUACCAACUUCAAACUCCUACUUUGAAGCCUUGUCAAUGUUGAAUUUUUUAUGGAGUGUUGGUGGCCUUUGGCUUCUUGCAGGAAAUUGCCACUUCACAGGUGAGAUUUAUAAGCCAUAUUUGCUUAUCGUUUGUCAGUUGCUCCUCCAACUCCAGCAUUUGCCCUUGUUAAAUGUUCUGUGGUGCAUGCUUCUUACUUCCUAUUUAAGCAAACUGCAUCUCCUCUGAUAACAGAGGGCUGUUUAUGUGUCAGUUGUGUGUGUGAGAUGUGAUCUUUCAGUGGCAAAGGAUACGCUAUAGGAGUCCUAUCUUUAUGUUUCGGUUGUUUGUGUCUGCCAACGAGUCCUAUCUUCUUGCAAUUUUUUCUUUUUACAGGUUUUGCCGAGCUCUCCAGCCCGGAGAUGAGAAAUAUGGAAACGUGUUUCGUGAUGCGAAUAUCGUAAGAAGUAAAUGCCUUAUCUGGUUACUUGGGGUGGAUAGAAUGUUUUAAUAAUGAUCAUCGGUUGGUUUUGGGACCAUAGGUCUCUUGCAAUUGGUGGAAAUAAAAUGUACUCACUAUUCUACUGAACUCUGGAAUAUCGGUGUUGGUGUUGAAAAUAGCCAUUGCCAUCAUCAGUUAGUUGCUGGUAAUUGUGAUGCUACUGAGUUUUCUGGCAGGAAAGCUUUGGUGAAAGUAGGGGUUGGGAAUGAUACAAGGUGGUGUCGGAAAUAUGGGAAUGUGAAAAUGAUACUGAAAGUGAGUACUGACUAGUUUGGUGUAUGGUCGCAGUGUGUCCCAGUUAGAACACUUUUCAUUAAGGUUACUUAAUAUGGUUAUUAAUGUAUGCAACUCUGUUGAAGUCGGGUUUUACCCCAACUUCUCGUUACCAAAUAAUGUAUCUUUUGUUGAAUACCAGGUUAAAUUUGAAAUUAUAGUGGUUUGGUUUUA